CCAGCCCCAAUUCGUCUCCACCUCAUUGAAGCCCCCGGUGCAAGUCGGUCCAGCCACCGCCGCCAUCCCAACUUCGAGCUUCUAAGGCACCGGCGCAACGUCCUUCCAGCCACCGCCGUUUGAGCUUCGAAAAUCGAAGCCACCGUCGCCGGUCUCGCCUCCUGCCUCCGUCGCGCAACCACUUCCCGCCGGCGCCAACUCUGUUCCACAUCACCGUGUCGGCCACUGUCUUCCCAGCCACUGUCCCCAGCCACUUCCACACCACCGCCAGCUCUGCCCUGUUCCAGCCUUCCAAGAUCCAGCUUCUAGCCCUAGCUAUCAUUGAGCCAUUCACAGUUUCACAAAUCACUUUGACCAAGCUCUCUACUAAAGGCCAAGAAGUUCUUUCUCAAGCAGGCAACAUUGUUGAACAGACUGUUGUUUAAUUCAGAGUGGUGUUGGCAUUUGUUGGGGAGAAUAGAGCACUGCAAGCUAAGGUUACUCAUCUACAUUGAGGAUUGCUCAGCAGCAGCUCCGGAAAGAGCACGAUUAUGUCCUUCAUAGAGAGAUUCUAUGACCCUACAUGAGAGAAAAGAAAGAUAGAAAAGGAGGUGGAAGAAGAUGUUUCAAACGGGGCAGGGGUACGCCAAUUUGGCGACGAGCGAGCCCAUUAGCAAGAAGCCGCAUCAAUACGACGUCGAAUCGGGCGAGACGCUGUUCCCCGGACUCAGCCCCGGCGAGAACCAGCUCCGAUGGGGAUUCAUACGGAAAGUCUACGGGAUCCUCUCCUUCCAGAUCGUUCUCACAACCCUCGUCUCCCUCCUCACCGUCUUAUAUUCCCCGCUCAACGAUCUUCUCAGAGGGAAUUCCCUUCUCCUCCUCAUCGUCGUUUUUCUUCCCUUCAUAUUUUUGAUCCCAUUACUCAGGUAUCAGCAGAAGCAUCCCCACAACUACAUCUUAUUGGGGCUUUUCACCGUCUCGAUUAGCUUGACCGUUGGCAUUUCCUGUGCCAACACAGAAGGAAAAAUUGUGCUUGAGGCUUUGAUUUUGACCUCUGCUGUGGUUUCCUCACUCACUGGCUAUACCUUCUGGGCUUCCAAGAAGGGCAAGGAUUUUAGCUUCCUUGGCCCAUUUUUAUUCACUAGUCUCUUUACCCUGUUUCUCGUUGGCAUGAUGCAGAUGUUCUUCCCAUUUGGACCAGCAGCUCAUGCUAUUUAUGGUGGAAUUGGUGCUAUGAUUUUCUCUGGUUACAUUAUAUACGACACUGACAACCUGAUCAAACGCUUCACUUAUGAUGAGUACAUUGGGGCUUCAGUCACUCUCUAUCUCGACAUUCUGAACUUGUUCCUUGCCAUCUUAAAUAUGCUGAGGGAGGCAAACAAUUAGCCACUCAUCCUGCGUGAACUAAGUUUUUGUCAAUUAAAAUCUCUGAAAUAACUUUUUUACCUCUUUACAAUAUACCCUAGGAAGUAUUCUGAUUAUAACACUAUGCUCCUCUACUCUAGUAUUCUCUUACAGUUGAGUGUCUUGGGUGACAUGAAAAAUUUGUUGGUUCACAAUUGUAUCUUAUGAUGUAUUAUAUUAUAUAAAAGAAUAUUGUGCAAAAUGUUGUUCA